GCAACAUGCUCAAGAGAGCGACUGUUCCGUUGAACCCCAAAUCUAUCGAAACCCCCAAAAGCCUUAAUUUUGGAAUCUCCUCUGCAUUGAUGAGUCGGCUUCCAUGGAAGAGAGUGUGUGAAACCAAUGAGCAAUGGCACAAGCAGUGACUUCCCUUUUGUUUAGUGUUUUUGUAUUUACAUGGCAAUUCAACAAAGUUUGAAACUUUAAGUCUCUUACGACUCGAUUACAUGGCAAUUUCUUCAAAAGUCUACUCUUUUGAGUCGUCUUCUUGGCUGAUACUUUCAGAUUCUGGGUUAUAAAUCAAACCCUUGAGUUCGAAUCAGUUCAUUACCACAGAUAACUCUGUCUUCUUCAAGCAUGGCUAGUGAAGCUCAAGAGACCCCUUUACUUCAAGGGAAACCAGACGAUUAUGGAGGUGUUAAGGUGAACUUGACAGAACCAAUGACUACUGAGGAAUUUGUAGCAAAGUUGAGAGCUUCACUUGUGGUAUGGAGGAGUCAGGGGAAGAAGGGAAUUUGGAUUAAGCUUGCUGAUGGCCUUGAGAAUCUUAUUGCACCUGCGAAAGCGCAAGGGUUUGUAUGUCACCAUGCUGAGAAGGAGUACACGAUGCUUACAUCUUGGCUCGACGAAGAGUCACCUAACACUCUUCCUGCCAAUGCUUCUCAUCGUAUUGGGGUUGGUGCUUUUAUCCUAAACAAGAACAGAGAGGUGCUUGUGGUUCAAGAGACUAGUGGAUAUUUCAAAGAUAAAGAUGUGUGGAAGCUCCCUACAGGUGUUAUUAAAGAGGGUGAGGGUAUCGCCGAGGGAGCAAUUAGGGAAGUGGAAGAAGAAACUGGUAUUAAGACAGAGUUUGUAGAAGUCCUAGCUUUCAGGGAAGCCCACAAAGCAUUCUCUGAGUAUAGAAAGACGGAUAUAAUGUUCUUAUGUGAGUUGAAAACAAACAGUUUCGAAAUCAAGAAACAAGACUCUGAGAUCUUGGCUGCCAAGUGGAUGCCGAUUGAGGAAUACGUACACCAACCUUUCCACACCAAGAAAGGGAAAGAAACAUUCAUGUUAAUGGCUAAAAUCUGCUUAGAGAGGUCUGAAGUGAAGACAUUAUACGAAGGGUUCUCUUCUGUCAACUCAGUAGUUUCAGAGAAGAGGAGCCUUUACUGCAGCACCGUUCACGCCAACAGCCUCAAUAUGAGCCCUGACGACCAAGCCUUCACUUCCACCUCUACCUAAGAACAAGAUGUUGAUGUUUCUCUUUGUUUCUGCUUUUUUCCAUUUGACGUUUUAAAAUCCAUGUUUGAAUAACAUAAGAUAUAUAAUUUUUCAAUACAAAUAUUUUAAAAUUUCACUUUUAA